UGCGUCUGGAAAAAGGAUCCGGAUCCGAAUAAACUGGAUCCAACUGAUCUUGCGAAACAGAACAUCCGUAUCGCCCACUAACGACCGUUAUUAAGACGAAACAAGCUUGAGGAUCCGUUACAAAACCAUGCCAUCUUCUCCGAGGCUGAAGCUCUUUCACGCGCGUCCAUCGCGGCGACCGACGUCUCUGAUCGUCAUCGCCUCUAUAGCGAUCGGGCUAUUCGGAUUCCUCUUCGGACUAUCCGCCAUUAUUUUCCCGGGUAUCCGGUUAUCAGCCCGGACCUGCCUCACCAACUCUCCUCCUAAGACGGUGCGCAUCGUCUGGGACGUCGCUGGAAAUCGUAACACUAAUGGCGGAGUGAAGAGGCACAAGGUGAUGGGAUUCGUCGGGAUCCAGACCGGAUUUAGUUCAGCUGGGAGGAGACGAGCGCUUAGAAACACGUGGAUGCCGUCCGAUCCACAAGGGCUUCGACGCUUGGAGGAGUCAAGAGGGUUGGUCAUUAGGUUUAUUAUAGGCAAAACCAAAGAUGAAGCGAAGAUGGCUGAGCUUAGAAGGGAGAUCGCAGAGUACGAUGACUUCAUACUGCUUGAUAUCGAGGAGGAGUACAGUAAGCUCCCAUACAAAACUUUGGCUUUCUUCAAAGCUGCGUAUGCACUAUAUGAUUCAGCGUUCUAUGUCAAAGCUGAUGAUGAUAUAUAUCUGAGGCCAGAUCGGUUGUCAUUGCUGUUGGCCAAAGAGAGGAGUCACUCUCAGACAUAUCUUGGGUGCCUGAAGAAAGGUCCUGUUUUCACGGAUCCAAAGCUAAAAUGGUAUGAACCUUUGGCAGAUUUGCUGGGUCAAGAGUACUUUCUUCAUGCCUAUGGCCCCAUAUAUGCUCUUUCUGCAGAUGUUGUCACCAGUUUAGUUGCUCUUAAGAAAAACAGUUUCAGGAUGUUUAGCAACGAGGACGUGACAAUAGGUGCGUGGAUGCUGGCGAUGAACGUCAACCACGAGAACCACAAGACUCUUUGUGAACCAGAGUGCUCACCUUCCUCCAUUGCUGUUUGGGAUAUACCAAAAUGCUCAGGGCUUUGUAACCCAGAGAAAAGGAUGUUGGAACUUCACAAGAGAGAGAGCUGCUCAAAGAGCCCGACUUUGCCAUCGGAAGAUGAAUGAUCUUACCUCUUAUAGAUCUCCUUUCAUGGUCGAAGAGAGUUGAGAUUCCCUUAAACGGCUUUAGGGUUAGUAAUUUUUGUGUAACCCAACUUUUGGGUGAUUCCUUGUUGUACAAGUAUAAGAUUGAACUAACUGCAAUUUCGAUUGAGGAAAAGGAAAAAAAAUAGUUUGGCUUUGUGUA